ACACCUCAGGCACGAGGGACCCCCUUCCUUCCCCAGAAGUGAGGCACGUUGACUUGAAGUUUGAUUGCGGAAACUUGGUGCCUUUUGAAGUUUGUAUGCGUAAUAUGACGUUGGAUUUUGCACUGUGAUAAAUAAAUCGUUAAAAUGUCAUUCUUCAUCAGAGGACGUCGUCGUGAUGUCAAAGAAAAGAAAGGGAAGAAAAGGGGACUAAAAAAUAAACAAGUAUUACCAGUAAAGAAGUCAAAAUUUGACUCUGGUCUUGAUGAAGAGAUAACAAGUGACGAGGAGGAGGAAUACUUAAAAGGGAAAGUUAAUGACAUAGCUGAAAAGGAGGCUGAGGAUGUGGAAACGGCACAAGAAAAGAAAGUGAGACUAGCUCGAGAAUAUAUUCAAGAAUUAAGGAAAGAAAGGGAGAAUGAGGAUGAUGAGGAAUUAGAUGACAAAGCAGUUGCAGCACGGUUACAAGAAGAAGUAUUAGAGUCUGCAGGAAAACUACGUAGAUUAGUAGCAGAAACUUUCCUGGAACCGGUUUCAGAAGAUUUUAUAGUUCUUAAGUCCAAACACCAAAAGCUUCCCAUCACUUGUUUGACUGUAACAAAUGAUGGUAAAUUUAUUUUUUCUGGAUCCAAAGAUUGUUCAAUUGUGAAAUAUAGUAUAGAAGGCAAAAGGCUUGGCCACAUACCUGGAGGACGCAAAGGAACAGAAAAUCUUCAUACUGGUCACACCUCUCACAUAUAUUCACUUGCUGUUUCCAGUGAUGGCAGAUUCCUGGCUUCUGGUGAUAAAGGUGGCAUUAUUCACAUAUGGGAUGGGGAAACUUUAAAGCACCUCAAGAAGUUCAAGAGUCAUCGUGAUGCAGUGUCUGCAUUGGCCUUCCGACAUUCAUCCCAUACACUCUAUUCUGCCUCAUAUGACAGGAUGGUGAUGGUGUGGGACCUUGAUACUAUGGCAUUUGUCGAACACUUAGGUGGUCAUCAGGAUGCCAUUACUGGUAUAGAUUCUCUUGCACGGGAAUCUUGUAUAACAAGCGGUGGAAGGGAUCAGUCAGUGAUUGUUUAUGUCAUUGCUGAAGAUAAGCAGUUGCGAUUUGUAAGUCCUCAUGAGUCUGUUGAUGGGGUCAAGUUAGUUGAUGAGAGAACUUUCGUCACUUUUGGUCAAGAAGGGAGCUUGGGAAUCUGGACCACUCUUAAGAAGAGACCACAUCACAUGAUAAAAAGAGCACAUGGCUGCCAAGCAGAAAAUGGGCUGCCAAACUGGAUAUGCAGUGCUACUACAUUAGUUAACACAGAUCUUGUUGCAUCAGGUUCCAUGGAUGGGCACGUACGACUUUGGAAAAUAACUGUUGACAGGGGCCACCGUAAAUUAGAACCGCUUUUCAGCAUUCCAAUCCCUGGAGUUGUUAAUGCAUUGGCCUUUACAUCAAAUGGUAGUCAUUUGAUUAUUGGAAUUGGUCAGGAACAUAAAUUAGGCCGAUGGUUUAAGGAUAAGAAAGCAAAAAAUUCGAUAGUAGUUGUAUCAAUGAAGAAGAAUGUGUAGGAAAGUUUUGAUUUUUAUUAAAAAUUCUGUUUGC